GGCGAGCAAGUAGGGAGACAUCUGUUCAUUGAUGGACUCCGCAGUCGGACAAUAAGGGCUAAGUUGCGGAAGCAGUUUUCCCCCAUCACCCAUACGCUACAACAAAUUAUGGUUGCUGCGGAAGAAAUGGAACGAAAGUUCGCAGCGAACUUUCUGGAAGGAGAAGGUUACCCUAGAGACGGAGACUCGACCGAGCUCGCUCGAGCAAGAGCCGAGCUGGCUGCUUUACAGAACAAAUUUAAAAACAUGGGGUUUGUAUCAGGACCUGUCACCUAUAUGGAGCAGAUAGGCCCGAAACGGGUAAUCCUAAGUGAGACUCCGAGCAUCUCUGCUCCUAUGAUGCCCCCGCCCGUCAGAACAUUACCUCCGCCACCGGUAGAGGCUCCCGUACGAUCGAACGAAUCAACGGUCAUUUUUGAACUAACCAAAACCUUGAUUAGUUUGAUCCAAGAGAGCAAAAAGGAGCAGCGAGAGCACAAUGCUCGGCUGGAAGCUAUGAUGAGGAACAUGCGACCCAUCGCAGUGCAUGCCCCUCCGAUGCAGCAAGGAUUAGCCCCGACCCCUGCUCUCGGGGGAGCUGCGAAUAAUCUAAAUGUGAAGCUUUACGAAGCAGCGGAUGAUGUUGCAGACACAUUUGAGAAGCAACAAGAUGUGAGCUUAGUGGACGACAAAUAUGGGCUAUUGCUGAUGAAAGUUUUUAUAAGGAUGCCAAAUGGAAGGGCGCCGGAGGAUUUUUGUUGGAGUCAAUUUGCUACCGUACGAAUCCUUGGGAUUUGUCCCAAGCAGCAGGAGGAACACCAGCAGAAGCAGGAGGGGCGGGGGCAGAACAGAAAAACCGACGUGGCAAGGUACCUCAGUGAAGUAACCCGGUCAUUCAUUGUUAUCAUUGUCCUCGUCAUCAACUGGCCUGCCAUCAUCGGAAAUGAAGAGAUUUGAGAAGGAAACAGAAAUGAGGACACCGGACCAUCCUCUUUUCCUGAAUUGUCAGUCUUUGUCAUCAUCGCCAUGCCCAUCAGAGAUGGAGAGAUUUCAGAAGGAAACMGAAYUGUACUUCAUCCUUGGUGUCUAUCCUAGUGCCUGUUCUACUAAGAUGAAGGGGGCAUAUCGAAAGGUGUUUUUCAAACCGCAUUGGCGGCGAUUCAUGAAGACAUGUUGCCGGACAUAUAAGCACAUUGUUGCAGAUGGUUUGGACUUUAUCCAUCGAUUCAUCUAUGAUGUGACAACUGUGCCCGUGUUGUAUUACUAUGUGUACGUCAGGUGCAAGUGGAGAGGGGAAUAGUUAAAACAAUAUUUACUGUAGAGGUUUUGAGAGACCUGUUUAUACAUCUCAAAUGGUAAUAGUAAGCAGGAUGAGAGGCUGUACAAUAACAAACAUAUGGAUUAACA